CCUCUCCAGUCUGCCAUCACAUCUCUCACUGUGCUCUCCUCCUCGGAGCUGCGUGCGUCUCUGCAUACGCUCGUGCGUAAGAGCGCUCCGAUGGAUGCGUAAAGUGGAAGACUCCCGCGGAAAAAAAUCUAAACAAAACAAAAACAUAACAAAAAAAAAAAAAACAACCGACAACGAUAAUACAAAGAGAGAGAGAGAGCUUUAGAUGAUGUUAGUGAAGAUGUUCAUCAGUUCGGAUGAAGGCGCGCUGCUGUUUGGGUGCAUGUCCCUGGACUUUUCAGCAUCGCGGAGGGACCACCGUCGCUCCUCUCCUAGCGUGUCUGCGUGAAGUGGAACCCGGGAGGAAGAAACACAAUGCGAGGCGCCUCCUUUCUCCUCGGCUUCCUGCUGCUCAAAGUUAGCGCUCUGCUGUGCACGGCUGACGGCGAGCCGGGCUUGCUGGGGGGCUUCGUGAUGAUCGCCACCUCCAACGGCUCCCGGGAGGAGGAGAGCGUGUCGGAGGAGACCCUGCACACGGAGGACAAAUGCCGGGGUUACUACGACGUCAUGGGGCAGUGGGACCCUCCGUUCGUCUGCAAAACGGGCAAUUAUUUGUACUGCUGCGGCACCUGUGGCUUCCGCUUCUGCUGCGCCUACAAGCACUCCCGCCUGGACCAGAGCACUUGCAAAAACUACGACACCCCGUUGUGGAUGAAGACCGGCCAGACGCCGUACAAGAAAAACCGCAACAAGAUCCACGACAGCACCAAAGACAAGACCAACUUGAUAGUUUACAUCAUAUGUGGAGUUGUGGCCAUCAUGGCCCUUGUGGGGAUUUUCACCAAACUGGGACUGGAGAAGGCUCAUCGUCCUCAGAGAGAGAACAUGUCCAGGGCCGUGGCCAGCGUGCUGCAGGGCGGGGGUCCGAGUGAGCAGUACCAGGCAGAGGAGGGCCUCGGCAUGCAUUCCAAACACUACGUUUCCAGAGCUGCAAACCUCCAGGGCGGUCAGAUGAACAACAACCUAGGAUCGGCGUCAAACAUGAUCCAACAGCACCCAUAUCCUGCUCUCGGUCAGCUGGCUCAUGUGUAUGAACAUCAACAACAUCAACAACAUCAACAACAACAACAACAACAACAACAUCAACAGCAGCAACAGCAACAACAACAGCAACAGCAGCAACAUCAAAACAAGGAUUUCAACAAGUACGCCUCCCUGAAAGCAGUGGCUGCCAAAUUCAAUGGUGAAGUCUACAACAAGCGCAGGCUGAUGGUGGAGCUGCCAACGAAAGAUGUUCUUCCACUUCAGCCUAUAGGAAACUCCCGACCUUCUAUGCCCAACAUGUCGUCGAUGACCACUAACCACCCUGUUGCUUUUAACCCAAUGGCUUCCCACUCCAUGAACCCAGCGAUAAACCAGAUGCCCUCCAUGACACCUAUGACAUCAAUAACACCCAUGACUUCUAUGACUCCCAUGACGACACUCACCCCAAUGAACUCUAUGACUCCUAUGACGUCAUUGGGCCCACUGACCCCAGAGCCGGUGGCAACAUAUGUUACUGAGAUGCCCAGAGUCUCCUCCAUCUCGACUCUCCCGACAGAACGGCGUGGAGUCAGAGGAGGAUCGCUGAAGCCCAACGGUCAGAAACUUAAAAGCAACCACGGCCAUGUUGCCUACAGCGCUCACAGUGCCCACACUCACCUUCACAGCCACAGUAGCAAGCCGCCAGGACAAGGGACUACCUCCCUGGCACACAUGGCAGGUACUAUGCCAGGCGGCACAUCUUUGGGCAUCUCCAGGGUUGCCGAGACCCCAAUUGGCUCCAGCUUUGCAACAAUGGGGCGCCCAUUGGCGUACAGUUCCAACACCAUAGCGGCUGGGCAUGGGGUGGGAAUGGGGCUAAAGGGUUGGGAUGGGACAGAGACAGUUGGCCGAAGGAAGACCUAUGGGCAGAAGAGGCCUCAGUGUACAGUGCUGGAGCCUAACCAGCUCCAUGGCAGCAGAGGCCAUAGCCACAGCCAACACUUCCUCCCCACACAGCCCUACUUUGUGACCAACAGCAAGACAGAGGUGACUGUGUGAGACAAAACGGAGAAGGGUAAAGAAUGCAUGGUGACAUAAAUGGAUACACCAACACAAGAGUUGGCCAAAGGCACAGGUGUGUUUGUUUAAAUCUGAGGUGGUACUGGUAAAUGAUAUGCACUUUGUGACACCACAUCUGAUUGGGCCCUUUGAAUACAAAGAGAGUCCAUCAAAUCACCACUGAACAGCAUUUUGAUGUCUGAUGCUAGUGGCCAGGUGACAUCAUCAUAACAAUGUAAAGUUGUUGAACAUGUGUAUCACAGCUACAUGAGCACUGCAAUGUCACAGAGAUUGAUGGGAACCAAACCCUGGAAGCAAUAUAAGGGAUCCAGCACCCAGGCAUUGUUUGCAAAGUCAAAUUGAUAGUCCAGGUGUCUGACAAACGAGAAUUAAAUGGUUGAACUACAAACAUUCCAGUAUGCCUCAUCCCCCAAAUGUCUUGAUGUGUUGAAACUGACAGAGGACAAGGGCUCUGGGCUUUGGACUGCAAACAUACAAGGUUCACUAGAUGUUUCCUCAUAAGCUUUGGAACUGAAGGUCUGACUUCUGGAACAAAGCUCCAACACAGUUAAUGUGUGGCGGAGACACAGCUCUUGUCUGCAGAGACACAGCAGCCGGUUGCUUCUGCUGUAGCAUGAUUCUUCCAUAGUCACACUGAAGUGCACAUAUUCCCACACAUGCAGGAAUAGGACCGGGACGAACAUAGAAGAAACUACAUAGGGACGCUGUAGAAACAUCAGCUGCCCCAGCUUGAUCCAUUUAUGCUUUGUUUUGUUUGUUUGCAUAUGUGAUUUGUGCACAUGUGUUGUGUAUUGUAUUAAAUCUCCACUGGAACACUUAAAUAUGAUUUGUUUAAAGGAGUUGACAGGCAUGGAUUGAAGUCUAAAAUGACUUUCUUCAAAUACAUUCAAGUCAUAAAUACACAAAUGAUUAGGGGUUUUGGAGCUGUGGGUCAGAAUGGGGCCUUUAAAAAACUGGGACUGGGCCAAUCGCUCUGGUGUAUACAGUAGGAUUUACGACUCAGCAGACACUAAACACAAACCCAAAACAAUAAUGGUUUCAUUUUUGAUAAGCAAUGAUAGAGUAUCUCAGCUUAGAUAUCUUACUGUACUACAAAAUAUAAUUUUAAAGUGUGAAAGAAACACUCGGAGGACAAAAAGAUAAAUUAAGUACCAGAAUCAGUUGACCACAAUAUUUGACGCCUGUCGGGGAUAGGUUGAUUGGCAACACUAAAUUGGCCCUAAUGUGUGAAUGUUAGUGUGAAUGUUGUCUGUCUAUCUGUGUGGACCCUGCGAUUAGGUGGCGACUUGUCCAGGGUAUACCCCGCCUUCCGCCCGAUUGUAGCUGAGAUAGGCGCCAGCGCCCCCCGCGACCCCACAAGGGAAUACGCGGUAGAAAAUAGAUGGAUGGAUGGAUGUUUGAAUUAAAAAAUCAAUAAAUCCCAUAGCGGUCAAUUAUGUUCUGAGUGUUCCGUUCCAAGUUGAAACUACAGUUGUCCCUCGCUACAUAGCGCUUCAAAUACUCUGCCUUCACUUCAUCGCAUAUUUUAUUUUAUACAUUUGUUAAGGAUAUUUUACAUAAUUUUGACUCAAAUCAAGUGAUACAUUAAGUCUUAUUUAUGUUUUAUAAUUACAGUGCAGUAUUUAUUUUAUGUUCUAUUAAAAUGUUGUGGCGAUGGAUAAAAAUGUUCACAAAGCGGGACUUCCAGUUGCGGAUUAAAGGGUGGCGCCUCUGUAUCUUGUCAGAAGAACUUCGUGAUGCACUUAAUUUUUAACUCCUGUCUCACCAAUAACACAUCUCUACAUUGCUGAGACCUAAGUGUGAGCAUUGUCAAAAGAAGAGUCGGCAGACGGACCAGACUCGAUUUUAGUCGGAGCGCCAUUAUCGCAAAUAAGACUACUAUCAGCAGCUGUCUGAGCAAUGCGAAGUGGAGAUGAACUCAACAAGAUGCACUUCGACUUCAUCAUCUUUGACCCCUUUUACACUGCACACCAAAUCUGAUUUUUUUUUGCCCUCUAGUGACACAGAUCUACAUUUCUUUUGCCAGUGUUCCAAAGCAUUUCAAAUCAAAUGUGCAGCAGUCUAAACGGCAAAGCCACUGGAAUGCGACUUUUACGUCAUCUUUGGUAGAGAUACGUCACUCAUAUGUGCAGCAUGAUAACUUUCCAUUUUGCAAUUCUCUUCUUCCUCCUCCUGCAGUUAUUUACCAUCAUCUGCCAAAAUCCUCCACACAAACCCACUAACACGCUGGUCUGUGGCGUCCAUGAUUUCUAGUGUAGUAGCAACUUCCUUCUUUAUUUACGGAAUUCGGUGUUCAGUUGAAAUGAGCUGCUUUGUCGAAAAAAGCUACCCGCGGUGUCUAUGACCAAAAAUAAUACCUUAAAUUUCCAAAUGCUGAUUUAGAUAUUACAUUUAAUAUAUAAUAAAAUAAUCACUUUCUUGUCGCACUAGGAAGAAGUCAACUCUUCAUCCACGCGAGGUAGCCCAUUUAAAAAAAUCUACUUCUUGUGUUUUUGAUUGAUUGAUUGAUACUUUUAUUAGUAGAUUGCACAGUACAGUACAUAUUCCGUACAAUUGACCACUAAAUGGUAACACCCGAAUAAGUUUUUCAACUUGUUUAAGUCGGGGUCCACGUUAAUCAAUUCAUGGUUUUCUUUUCAUAACUACGUAUGCAAGUGACGUCAAGGCCACAUUAGGGCCAUGUUGGGGCCUGUGCACAUUUACACUGGAGUCUGAUAAAAAUCACAUUUUACUUGCAGUGCAAAAAGUCAGUGUGAAUGUGAGGGUGAAUGUUUUCUGUUAAUCUGUGUUGGCCCUGCAAUAAGGUGGCGAGUUGUCCUGGGUGUACUCCGCCUUCCGCCCGAAUGCAGCUGUAAUAGGCUUCAGCACCCCCCGCGACCCCAAAAAGGGACAAGGCGUAGAAAAUGAAUGGAUAGAUGUAAACAGUCAGCUGGAAAAAAAAUCUUAUUUAAAAAAAAAAGAAAGGGGCCACUAGUCUGGCCUUUGGCGUGAAGCUAACAAGACGGGAUGCUAAUAAUAACGCUAAUGAUGGUAGCUGUGACCAUUGAAAAAGUUUUUUGCAGAACAACUUACGCCUAUAGUUUCAGCACAUAUAAGCCACAUUGUAAUUUAGAGAAAAUACCCAGUAUGUGACAAAGUAUUUCCACGUCGAUGCCGUGUUGUAGUGGCCAGGUGAAUGCUUGGAGGAUCCUCCAAGCUGCCGGUGAGUACAGUAAUCUACAAUAGAACAUAAUUACGACUACUGUGUGACCUAAUUAUGUUUAAAUGUGUUCCUAAAAGGCCACAAGUGUAAAUAUACAAUUAUUAUCGUUGUUGACAUAUUGUUGAGUUUGUUGUUACUUGUUCCAAGCCUGGGCAGUGAUAGAUUGGCGAAAACAAACAACCGCAUUUUUAAUUUACAAGAGAAACCACAGCAAACUUGAUCCGCGCUGCCUUCCUAAAAUGCAUGCCCCGGUACGGCCUACUGGUUUAGAAAACAAAUAUCGAUGUGUCACUUGUUUUAAAGUAUGAGAAGAGUGGACAAACAAGUUGGCUUUGCGAUUGAAUCUUCAUCCAAACGGUUUUAUUUGGGCGCCCCGUUAGUGGGCAUCCCAGCAGAAGUGGAAAUAUUACAUUAACUGAUUGUGUUAUUAUGGUUUAUUAUGGUUAGUUUGUAUGUUUAGCACUUAGUAAUACUGCUGAUGCUAUACAGUGUUACAAAAAAGCUGCAUCUGUUUAGCACUUUGGCUUCUACAAACAUUGUUUCCGUAUGAGUUGGGAUAUUGUGUUAGAUUUAAAUAUAAACGGAAUACAAUGAUUUGCAAAUCCUUUUCAACCCAUAUUCAAUUGAAUGCACUACAAAGACAACAUAUUUGAUGUUCAAACUCAUAAACUUUAUUUUUUUUGCAAAUAAUAUAUAACUUAGAAUUUCAUGGCAGCAACACAUGCCAAAGUAGUUGGGAAAGGACAUGUUCACCACUGUGUUACAUCACCUUUUCUUUUAACAACACUCAAUAAACGUUUGGGAACUGAGGAAACAAAUUGUUGAAGCUUUGAAAGUGGACAUUUUUUCCCAUUCCUGUUUUAUAUAGAGCUUCAGUCCUUCAACAGUCCGGGGUCUCCUCUGUCGUAUUUUACGCUUCAUAAUGCGCCACACAUAUUCGAUGGGAGACAGGUUUGGACUGCAGGCAGGCCAGGAAAGUACCCGCACUCUUUUUUAUAAAGCCACACUGUUGUAACACUUGUCUUGCUGAAAUAAGCAGGGGCAUCCAUGAUAACGUUUGCACGUGUUGCUGGCGUCAAAUUCUAAAGUUAAUGAUUAUUUGCAAAAAAAAAAAAUGUUUAUCACUUUGAACAUCAAAUUUGUUGUCUUUGUAUCAUAUUCAACUGAAUAUGGGUUGAAAAUGAUGUGCAAAUCAUUGUAUUCCGUUUAUAUUUACAUCUAACACAAUUUCCCAACUCAUAUGGAAACAGGGUUUGUAACACUAAUUGCUCAUCCUCUGUAUUCAGACUCAAACAUAUAAGGUUCAGGAUCACAGUUUUCCCAAAGUAAUUGUUGUUGGCUCUCACAAAGUUUGCAUAAAUAGCAUUGUUGUUGGUUGGGAAGGGAUCUUACGUCACGGAUCACGUGACCAGCUUCCUCAUUUACACAAAAUAGUUUGGAAAUCUCCUUAAGAUUGAUCAUAUCUAUUAAAACGCAAACUUUGGAAGUCUUUUAGUGUCAUAAAUCAUAUAUAUAUAUAUAUGAUACUAGCUUCAAUGUAGAGGCAACUUGUUUUUGAGGGCACUUCGUCCUUCUCUUGUCAAAUAUUAAAAUAUUACAAGAAACGCGACAAAAGUCUUACUAUUGUUGAAGACGGACAUGUUUAACAGUUAAAAAGUGCUUCUGCAAUGUAAACGUUCUACACAAUGCACGCAACUUACUCAAAUAUUAAAAUAACCGAUAGCAGCAAUCCUAAUUUGUCAAAACAAGAAACAAACCUGAGAUUUGAUUGGACAGUUGAGCACCGAAAGUGGCGACUUAUCCAAGGUGUACCCACCCACAUAACCCACUAGAAUGCAGCUGGGAUAUGUUCAACCCACCCCGCGACCCCAAGAAGAACAAGCGGUAGAAAAAUGGACGGAUGUAUGGAUGGAGUUGAGCACUUAACCUUUUUGACCUAGGGGCCCAAUUUUUCCACCACAUAUGGGCCCGAGAGCCCACUGAAAUAUUAACAUACAAUUAGUAAUCAGAUUUUAUUUGUAUUCAGUAAUUAUAUAGAACCUAUAUACACUUUACAACCUUGUCAAGGUACUGUAUAUAAAACAAUUUGUUAACCACAAAGAUUAUUAUCAAGGCUUAAGUCAGGCUGAUUAUAAAAUCAAAUACUCAAAUAUACUGCAAAAGAAGGGACUCAUUAAACCUAUUAAAGUGUAUUAACAUAAAUUUAGACAUUGCUAACAUGAAUACAUUCUCACUAAAUUACUAAUGAAUAAUCAUUUAAAUGUUUCAAUAAACAAUAAAAUUAAAGCGCAAAUAUAAAAUACAGCAUUACUACUUUAGUCAUAAUUUCUGCGCUUCAGAAACUUCUAGAUGUGUUAUUGUUUUCUACUGGGGAAGGCGACGGCACAGCAGUGGGAUGUCAAGUUCAAUUGGUUUAUUUAGAACUUGAUGAUUACGUGGAGUGUGUAUGCUACUAUGUGUCUGCAUGAAUGGCAAUGUGUUGAAUUAUCAUAUGUAAAUACCAUGAGGGUUGUUGAGGUGUGUUUUGGAUGAAAUGCGUCCAAAUCCGAAAGGGAGCAAGCCAGAGGAAGUCCAAAGUCCAAGCGAGGGGCUAAAGGCAGGAGAGCGAGUCCAAAGUCCAAAAACGAGGUCGGAGAUCCAGGAAGGCAAAAUGGGGGCCAGGGGGGAAGCAGCGGUGGUGACACAACACUGUGGGAAGAGCAGGAGAAACAGGGAUCAGGGAAAACACAAGGGCACAAGGAAAUAGGCAACGAGCAAGAUUAGGAGGAAGUCAGAGACACGCAGCUUACGUGGGGUAGUUUACAUUCCGACAUGGAGGACCUUUAUACUGCCCUCCUUCAUCAACAUCAGGUGUGUCAGGUGUAGGGGCGUGUCUAGAGUUUGCAGCGGAGCCUCUGUGUGCUCUUGCAGCAGCGGGAAGCACAGAGUGUGUGUGUGACACAACAGGAUGACUUCAGCUCCAAACUUUUUGUUUCAUAUUGUUAUCAAUGCCAUAAGUGGUGAAAAGGUGUAUUGCAACUGAGUACCACUGAGAAACAAAUUUUUUUGGCAGACCAAGGAUUGUUGUCGCAGACCAAGAGUUAAUAAACACUGGCAUAAAUGACAAUAACUGACAAAAAUGUGCAAAGAAGUAUUUGAGAUUGGUUGAAUCUGUGUGAAUUAGAACGAUUGCAAAUUUAUGGAGGGUCUGUUUAUCAUGAUUCUCAUUUUCCUUACUAAGUACUAAGAGUAAAGUUGCAUACUUGUGGUUUCAAAAUAAACCAUUUUAUUGGUUGACUAAAAUGACUCAGUAUUACAGACCUAUAAAUGACGUAUUAGGUAUCAUUUUCUAUUUUUCCAUCUCAAGUUCGGUAUUUGCUAUCCUAGAAUUUUCAAACUAGAUAACCGAAAGGAAGGUCUUAUUUUUCUCUGGAUGUUAUCCGACCCAAUUGACUUAAUCCAGAAAGCCGGGAAUGUGGAAAUAUGAGCCUCUUGCCAACCGUGAUUACUUCACCAUGAAAGCAGAAGCAGCCACCGGAAUAAUUGUCAAGCGGGAAAAGCAGUGGAAGCAAUCGCUCCAAAAAAUAAAGCAUAAAAAAAAGUCAUACCUCGCCAUACACAAAAUAAAAGGACGCACCACUGGAAUUAGUUGAUAAGGUCAUGACCACAGAUGAAUGGAUUCAUGAGGGAGUCUUGGUUCCUUCAGACACACAAAAGUUUGCUCAAAUGGCUUAGCAAAAAAAAUUUAAAAAGAACGUUAUUUACCACUUGGUUGUGUUUUUCUUUUUGACAGCUACUGUACAUGCAAGCUAUAAUAAUACAAGAUAGGGCUUUACUUUUAAUAUGGCUGUAUAACAGAUUAGUGAGCAAAAGGAAAUGACUGUUAAGCGGCUAGUUAAUAAAACAUCUUCAAUGAAAUAGAAUGUAAUUGAAUGAAAACAUGAUUUGAAAAAACUAAAUCAAGAUUUAUUUCCAAAAACAGGUUUAGGCCAUCUUAUAUUCUGGUCAAUACAGUGUUACCUUAAAUCAGAAACUCCUGGCACCAUGAUUCUAUCUAUUGGAACCCCACUUUAACCCCCGCCCGCCCCCCAAACCCCUACCCCACAAAAAUAAAUAAAAUACGAUUUUGAUUUACAACAUUAAUCAGCAGUUUCAAUCCUUUUUUGGAGUUUAUUUUCCCCUUCAUAAAUCAUGCUGUCCAUCAUGUUGACAGCUAAAACACUACACUUUGAUCUCCGCUUGGCUAAACUGUGUGUGUCAAUUCAUGAUUCUCUCUAAACACCUCGUCCAAACAAAAUGAAGCAUUUGAUGCUGAUUUUUGUGUUUACAUUUUACCAUAAACGUGAUCAGAAAAAACGAUUACUGUCCAAUAGUACGUCAACUUACGAGCCUAAUGUGUUUCACGACCUAACUCAAAACACUUGUAUCUUAAAUCAACAUCACCCAUUUUCCUAAUGUAAUGGGAGCUAUCGACUGCACACACAUCGCUAUAAAAUGACCAACAAGUGCAUGUCAACAGGAAACAUUGUCAUUUGAUCAAUAUACAGACCAUAUGUAAUACGCAAAGGCAAUGAAGCAACACAGUAGCAAUGUGCAUUCUUACAUUCUAAGUUAUAAAAAGGUUGGGAAUAAAAUACAAGCGGGCAUUGUGCACGAGAAGUGGCAUCUUGGUGAAUACAUGCAUUUAUUUCCUUGUCUUGUUAUUAAUCCCCAUGAUGCAUUUUGACCAUACCUAAAUUUGUUUGGGCGUGCAACUUUUUAUGGAUUUGAGCAUACGCCAUUUUUUAAUAAGAUGUCCGAACUGCACUUCUUUUUGCAUUUUUGCCUAUCGUUCACAAUCAUUAUGAGAGACAAAAACACACGUCUUUUUUUUUUUUUGGAAGGAUUGUAAAGAUGAUAAAAAGCACUUGCAAUAUGGGACUAAUGGGAGUCACUGCUGUAGCCUUCGAAGCCCUCUUAAACAACUUCAAAACCUUCCAUCAAUGUUUUGUAUACACCCUGCAAGUACAGUAGGUAGGGGAUUCAAAUGGCCCCAUUUGUCACAGUUUACCUGACACAUGAAACUUGACACAUUGGGGGGUUGCAAUAUAUACUUCAGCAGGUAGAUGGCAGUUGAGUGUUAAAUAUCUUACAAUGUGUUUUGUGGCAAUUCCAACUUUGACCACAUUGUCAGUUGCUAUGUCGAGUGGCGCUUUCCAUCAUUUUCAGCAGAAUGUUUACCACCCACCUUCCUCUCACGUGAGAUCCACCAUAUGAAUCCCUUCAUUACUGUAUAUAUAUAAUUUAGUAAAA